AUGCUGUGGAUGAAGUGGAAGAUGGUGGUGGACUCCCUGCGAGGACGGAGGAGGAGGCUGCCCUGUUCCCUCUGGUUCCUCCUGCUGUUCGCUGCUGGCGGUUUGGUUCUCUUCAUCCACCAGCGGGAUCUGUCAGAGAUGGUUCAGCAACAAGGCCCAGUUUCAGACACAGCCACAGAGAGUGGAGCAACGGCAGGUUCCUCACCAUCUUCUGAUAAUGUUGCUGAGGACAUAAGACAAGUUUCAGAAACUGCCAAAGAGAGUGAAGAAGUGGCAGGUUCCUCGACAUCGACUGAUAAUGAUACUAAGGACGUGAAAGAAGGCGUGAAGCUUGGAAGCACUCCGCGGCAGUCCAGAGAGACUCUGUCUACGCAGGACAGAGAAAGAGACAAACCUGAAAACAAUCAGGACGGCCGAGCAGCAGAAGGAAUCCUGUCCAGCCCAAUCCCUCCGAUGCAGUUUCCACACUUUGAGGAGAGUAGACAGACGGCCACCCCUGGGUCUCGGGAGCAGAAUAAACAAACGCCCACCCCUGGGUCUCGGGAGCAGGACAUAACCUCCCUUCAUGUCUCCAAAAGACAACGCAAACUGCUGAAAACAAGUCCCCCAGUCCAUCACGCCCCCAAAAGUGAUUCCUCAUCAUCCUCUACUUCCUCAUCCUCUUCUUCCUCCUCCUCCCCCUCUGCCUCUGGCUCUCUCACCCUUGAUAAAUGGAAAAAGCUAGCCGAUAUUCAAGGAGCACGCCGGCAACUGAUGAAGGAGAUGUGUGCCAAGUACAAAAGCAGCAUCUCGAAAACCAUCACAGCUCAUCAUGUGAGAAACCUCUUUGUGGAGGACAAGUACAAGUUGUUGUACUGCCAGGUGCCCAAAGCAGGCUGUUCCAACUGGAAGAGGACCCUGAUGGUGCUGAGCGGAAAAGCCUCCGAUGCUCAGAGCAUUAAACAUGACACAGUCCACAAUGGCCACCAUCUCAGGGAGCUUAACAGCUACGACCGACAGGGAAUCAUGCACCGUCUGGAGACCUACACCAAAAUCAUAUUUGUGCGAGAGCCCAUGGAGAGAAUGGUGUCAGCUUACCGGGACAAGUUUGAAAAUCCCAACAACUACUACCACUCCCUGUUUGGGAAACCCAUCAUCUCCAGAUACAGGACGAACCCGUCCACAGAAGCCCUGAGGACAGGCAAUGGGGUAACAUUCAAGGAGUUUGUCCAGUACCUGCUGGAUGUCCAUCGGCCUGUGGGAAUGGACAUCCACUGGGAUCAGGCGAACCAGCUCUGCAACCCAUGUCUCAUAAACUAUGACUUCAUUGGCAAGUUUGAGAACAUGGAGGAGGAGUCCAACUUUCUCUUGCGAUUGACUGGGGCGCCACCCAACGUCAAGCUGCCCAGUUUUAAAGAUAGGAACCCAUCUGACCAGAGAACUUCUACGGAUAUCACAGAAAAAUACUUUUCACAGGUCACCCCGUUGGAGAGACAGCGAAUCUACGACUUCUACUACACAGACUAUCUGAUGUUUAACUACACCAAGCCUUUUAAAGAUUUAUACUGACUGACUCCUAUCAACUCUUGAUUCACAGUCACAUUCCAUGUCCACAUAUCUACCAUGAUAAUAAUUUUAACAUAAAGAGGCUAACUCACAUGCUGACGUGGAUCUUUGCAUCUACAGAGACAUCAGAGAGACUAAACUUCCUCUGAAUUUUGCUUUACAUCUACAUCUCUACCAGAUUACCUUCAUUUUCAGACAAUGACUUCAAACUAUGAGAUGAAAAGGUUCAUGUGAUUUUAACUACUCUAAAUUGUCCUGAAAUGGAAGUUAUGUAUUCACUACUAGCACACGGUGAGGUAGAAUAUUCAAAUUAUAAAUGUUUUGCUUCUAAAAAAAGUUUAUUAUUGUUCAACAGGCUUUAAAUUAUGCCUUACUGUGAGUCAAAUAGGAUCUGCAAAUAUGUUUUAUGGUUUGUUUCAAUGUAGGCGCCACAGGAGUGCAAUUUAGUAUAGGAUCUAAUCAUAUUCCCAUAGUCAGAACUGAUUUCAGUAUACAGAACAGUAUGUUACUGAGCCACUAUCACCCACUUUUGGAAUAAUGAUACCACGUUCCUUGGUUGAGCUCAGAUAAAGAUCAAGUAAUGAUCACCACCAUGCACUCCAUGUGUUCAUUUGGAAUCUGUGCAUUAGAAUAUGUAAGGGAUAAUGCCCGACAAUGUGUCCAUUAUCAGUUCUUAAUGGCGGAUGUGGAGGCGUGAACCAACCGAUGCAUGGCCUCUGCUUAUACCAUGAUCACUUACCAAAGAACUACAAAGUAAGAAUAUUCAUUUAUAUUUUUAUGCUUUUUGCAGUCAAAAUCUUUUUCACAAGCUAUAACUUGUUUCCAUGGUAACACCUAAGGGUUUAACUUACACAGUACCUGGAACAACCAUUACCACCACAUAAGGUCCUUAUGCAAGGUUCUUAUUAUCCAUUAAAUAGGACAAACCUUUGAUAUGACUUAUCAAAGGAGGGCCAUUUCUAGUCUGCUCAGCUCAUAGAACCAUUUGGCUCAGCUAUAAGCUAGAAAACUAACGUUACACGAGCAAGUUUCAACCUCAAUGACAUUGAGUACAGUUUGAAAACAGUAAAUAUAAUUUCAAAGUAUGUUUAACAGCAACACCAGCUAGCAAUCCAGCCCCAUCAUUCUCUACAAGUCAAUAUCUAUAUGUUCACGAACAAUACACAGGUGUAACGUUACUGCCAGCUGCAGCCUAAGGUUGCAAUUUGAAUAGCGAAUGGGAUGUGAAAUGAUUGCUUAAAUUCAGAGGGGCAGUAUAGUACAUGCAGUGUGUGUUACAGUCUCAAUCCCGUGGUGUUCAGAGGAUGCAGCACUGAUGGACUACACUCAGUGUUGGAAAUUGAUUGUAAACAGAGGCUAAGACUGCAUCCCUUACUCAUUAGAUACAAGCUAACAUUAUGUAGUCAGUGCAUUAACUUUGUAGUGUCCAUUAUCAAAUUUCAAUACCCUGCAGCUGAUCAAAAUUGAGUAUUCAGACCAUGGUGUAACAAAUAUUAAAUUUGAAAUAUUUGCAUUUACUAUUUGACUUACAGCAAGUUAGGCAUCAGUAUACCUCUAUGUAUCAGUGCAUACUAAUACAGAUAUUUCAUGUAAGUGGUUUUACUAAACAUAAACCGUAAUGAAAUUAUAAUACUAUAAAUAGUAUGAAUCUUUAAAAUGUGUCAAGUGCUGCCCACUCAGAAGCUGUGUGCACCUAUUGUAGCAUUUUUGUACUUCUAACUUUGUCAGCUAGGUUUUUGCUUCAGUCUAACACAUACAUGUGCUGUAGGUCCCCCCCAUCACUUGAGGUAUUUACUUGGGUGGCUGUUGCUGUUAAAUGCACAACAUUCAAAUAUUUGCUGGGUGUGAAGUGUUGCUGCCAGUAUCUCCUGACGCCUGUUAGUGUUCCAGAUAGGGAUGUCCUGAUCAAGUUUUUUUGCCCCAGCCCAGUCCAAAUCAUUCAAUGUUGAGUCCCAAUCCGAUACCUCUAUUCUCUUAGAUAAUACAGCUGCACAGUGCACGCCAUGCCAUUGUUAGCCGUCAUGAAUGUGUAUAUUUGCGGCAUCUAUACAUCUUUUGUGCGGAUUAUGUUAAUAAAUUAAUAAUUGUUUUUUUGGGUUUUUUUAGGGUGGUUUUGCCCAUGGCAUUGUGUAGGUGCAUGGUGAGUGUGGUUGUUUCCAUCUCUCCACACACAGAAAACAUGCUGCACUGUAGAUAACAGAAAAAUGCAAGAGACGCUGACACUGAGCUGCAAUUAAAUGAGGGCUCAUAACUUAGAUAAAUAACAUUAAUGGACAGUCUCAUACAGCAUUUCACCGUUAUUUAUGGUGUGUGGUGUUUUGCGGCAGCUGGAUGCAGAGUGGAAGAGACACAAAUGGCUGUAGCCAUUGCGUCACUGUGAAACCUUUGCCUGUAAAAACACCGGUGUGACAGCUGACGUAAAACAAAGAAUUGGAUCAGGCUCUGUACAGCUCAGUAUAGCCAAACCGGAUCAGUUAAAAAAUGCCAUUAUCGGCCCAGAUACCGAUCUUUGAGACUGGAUCAGGACAUCCCUAGUUCUGGAUUUACUAGUCAUUCAGUUUCUAGGCUUUGUUGACAGAGCUGGCAAGCAAAUGGGUAAAAGUCAACAUUGCAAAUAAAAAACAACAACGUUUCGACUUGGCUUGAUGGCAGUCGAAAAAUGUGUGAUUUGGACAUUUUUAGAGGUUGAGACAAAGACAAGAGUGUUCCCAGUCUCCUCCAUCUUUCACACUCAACAACUCCUGAACAGCUAUCACUUACAGAUCUCACAGCGUCAGUAACUCCAUACCCUCUGUAUGUAUCACAUCUAUUCUACACCACCAUAUAGGCUUUUUUCUGACACUACUGUGUACAAUUGUAUAAUGGGCAUUCAGAUGACUAUAUAUUUUUCUAUAUAUUUCUAAAAUAUAUAUCUUCAGUGCUUAUGGUGACGGUAUGUUUAUUUUCUUUUCGAUGUCAUUUGUUGUUCUUUCAGUAAUACCAGUGUAGAGUUGUUGUGUAACAGAAGAGUUUCUUUCCAAAAUAAAAUAUCCACCAGCUGAAAACCACAAGUCUAACUCCCAAGAAGCUAAACGACUGCAGACAUUUGCGGUGCCAUUUGAAGUGCAGAAGAUAUCUUGCAUUUGAUAUAUGAACUGGUACCACUUGGUGCUUUGAAGGUAGCUGAGGACUUUUUUUAAUGAAAAUGGAUAUAAACACUUUUGGAAAUUAGCUCUUUAAUUACUUAUCUCAGAUCUGUUUCUCUCAAUAUGAUAAUAGACCCUGUACAGAUGAGCUGCAUUCCACCUAGUUACCCAUCCUGGCUAAUAACAUUUUUACCCACAGCAAAUCCUGUGUGUGUGUGUGUGUGUGUGUGUGUGUGUGUGUGUGUGUGUGUGUGUGUGCGUGUGUGCGGGCAUGUAUAUGUGUGUGUGGCUCAGAGAGAGCUGUUAAGAUGUGUUACAAUCUUUUUUCCUUCAACUUUUAGAAACGUGUACACACACACACACACACACACACACACACACACUGCUAAAAGACACAAAUUGAGGUACAGGUACAGUAUCCUGUGUGUCACAUUAUUAUACUGCUAUAUUCCCAACACACCACCCAGCUGGCACUAAAGUAUUACCUGAUGCAGGCCAGAUCACAUUAACAAUGUGCACUAGUGGAAACUGCACCGAGACUAGCAGUUCUUGGGUCCUGAGCGUUCAAACGUUCAAACCUUUUUUUUUUUUUUUUUUUUUUUUAAAUUAGGGCUCUAUUACAAUCCUUUAUAAGAUUGAAUGUGUCCAAGAAACAAGAAGAUUUAUUACGAGGAGAAAAGGAACAGAACCAUUCACCAGAUAAUCACUGUAAAUCUCCAAGAUUACAUUGACUAAAUGAGAUGUCAGCCAAGGUUUCUCCAAAUGAAAGUUGAGUUUAAAUCUUCUUGGUUUACAGUUUAAGCUUACUGUGCAGUGAGUGCAAUGAAGACGUGACUACAUACGAUAAACAUGACCCCGAAAUAAAAGAUGCAAAUGAAGACAUGUAAGAGUUACAUUUCCACAGAAAUACCUUAAAUAAACGAAGUACAACAAACUGUAAUUUAAUCAAGAUAACAAGUCUGGCUGCAACCCAAAGCAGUAUUUUUUAAUAGGGCACAGUGCAAAGAACUUCAUCUAAUGUGAUAUUGGGAACAACCUAUUGCUAGUUUCCUGUAAAGUAGCAGUCACUAUUCAGCUACAUGCUUUACAGCUCACUGGAAAUGUUUUUUAUGUAACAACAUACUUGAAAGAGAUGUAUUUGCCUAUGAGUAAGGGGAAAUUUAUAUUAUUUAAAUCUAUACACACUAUAACUUUUGAGGACCUUUAAUGAUUUGGUGGUAGUACCCUUUCACGGUGAUGGUAAUUGUAUGAACUUUUGUCAGUAUACUGUGUUGGCUUUUGCAAAUCCAAAAAUCUAAUCUUUGUUUAGGUUGUGGUCAGAUUCGAUGUAGGUAUAGCCAAUAUCUGGCCAAACAGCUACUGCAUUAUGAUGAGUAUUACUCCUGCAAAUUCUGUCCGUUCCUGCCCCCCACCCCCGCUAAUAAAGUCUUUUUGAUAUGUGGGUGUAUGGACAGAUUUAUCAAAAGCGUAAUUACAAUAAUAAGUGAAUGUAUAACUGUUUAUUGUUGGUGCAGAAGUGUAUAAAAUAUGAUCUUAAGCCCUUUGCCUUAUUUUACACUGCCAAUCAAAUGGUGUAUUUCAGGAAGACAUUCUUCAGGAGGUUAUUAUUUCUGGCUGAUGAGUGUCUACUAAUAAACU